AUGGCUGAGUGGCUCCGUAGUGUUAAGUCUCUGGGAAUGAGCGUUUGCCCGGAGACAGACUCUGCCUGGGUUCAGGAACUUCGCGAGCUCGCGGCUCAGCAUUCCAGCGUCCGGAUUCUCCCGUUGGAUGUGGAGAAUAGCGCUUCCAUCCAAGAGGCCUUUGUCUCUGUCAAGGACCAACUGGCGGGCUCUGGGCUGAACCUACUCAUCAACAAUGCAGGAAAGGCUGUUUCCCUGUCAUUCCACACUGAGUCAGAGGAAUCCAUGCACCAGCUGUACCAUAUUCAUGUUGUUGGUUCCUUGAAGAUGAGCCAGACAUUCCUGCCUUUGUUGAAGAAGGCUGCCCAAAUGGGCCCUCAGGACAGUCUCAGUUGUAACAGGGCUGCUGUCAUCAACAUUUCUUCUACCGCGGGCUCCUUCACAGAACUUCUGGGCUGGAAAUUUGGUCCCAGUUUGUCCUAUCGCUGUAGUAAGGCUGCCCUGAACAUGCUCACCUGGUGCCAGGGUCUGCUCCUUAAAGAAGAAGGCAUCCUGUGCAUUGCUAUCCACCCUGGCUGGGUUCAGACAGAUAUGGGCAAUUAUAGGAACUUUUUGGCUCCUAUAAAGAAAGAAGAUUCGGUGCAAGGAAUGCUGAAGGUCUUUUCUACACUUUCAGAGAAGAAUGCAGGAUAUUUCUUUGAUUGGGAAGGAAAGGAAUUGUGUUGGUGAAGUAACAUCAAGUUAUGGAUCUUGUGGUGACGGAGAUCUGACUCCAGUCAUCCUUCCUGCAUCUCCAUCAGCAGCCCAGGAUCAACUUUCUCAUCUUGGUUGUUCUCUUCCUUCAGUUCCUGUUUCCAAUAAAUUCAUUUUAUUGCU